UAUAAAGACCUAUCACUACUUGCGAGGAGAAGGAGAACGUUAAUCGGGAAGUUUGUCGAGGCCACAAUAACGGACGUUUCUGUGUUGAAAACGACUAUUUUUUACACGUGACAUUUUCCUCUAAGUCAGUAUCGUUGUCUGGAGAACUUUGGUAACGACGCGCAAUUAUUUAGUAAUAGAGCUAUCGAAAAUUAAAGCUCAGUGGCCAAUUUAUGUGAAAAAGUCUACAGAGACAGCGACAGCUGACGAAUGUAAAGUGAAAUUCAGGGUUCGCGAGUACGCGUGCACUCAAAUCGCACUGUUGCCCUUAUACGCUAUAAAAACAAACGUUACAUAUUAAGACAGUGGAAUAAGGCAAGCGAACAGGUUUCGUUACGGAUGUCAGAAGAAACCAGUGUAGGAGUAUGAGAGUUUUUGGCUAUGUUUAAUUUUUGUGACGAAAAAGCCAAUAAUGUUAUUACCGUGGAGAAGAACAGUUCGGUAUUUAGUAAACGUGAAGGGACUGCAUUUGUGCAGUCCAGAACAGAGCUGGUGAUCAUGGAACAAGUGAUUACAUUGAGUACUCAAAAUCCAUUAUCCCUCUUGCUAAAGUUUGGCAUGAUGGCUUGGAACAAUACCUGUGGAAUGGAUAAUUGUUCUGGUCAUGGUGAAUGCCAUAAUGGUACAUGCCUCUGUGAGAUCCAGUUUGAUGGAACGGAAUGCCAUGUACCAAAUUUCAGUUACUAUAUUGCAUUUGCCACUAUGUUUUUCAUUUUGGCAUUUGUUUGCUUAACACAACUAGUGAUGUGCAUUGUUGCUGAAUGGCAAAAAAUGAAAGCUCCAUCAUUCCUUAGAGCUUGUCGUGUAACCACUCAGAAAGUACUGUAUUUCGUUGUAUUUCUUGCAUCCAUGAUACGUGGUGCCUACUUCACUUCACCGAAUGCAUUUAAGGAAGGUUGGUCGAGAAGCUUACUAUCUGCUUAUUAUCCGCUUCUUCUAAGCGGAUCAUCAUUAAUCGUAUGCUUCUGGGCUGAAGUUUUUCACUUGAGGGAUAUUCGGUGGGACAAGCCACAGUUUCUUUCGAAAUCGUUCUUGGGCUUUGUUACCUUCAAUAUAAUAACAUAUUCUCUGUUACUCGCUGAAUUCGUCACUGCACAAAUGAACACUCAAGUAGAUCAAAGCUUCUACACACACAUCUUCAAUGGCUGUUAUGCCGUAUUACUGUUCAUUGUUGUGAUAUUCUUUCUGAUCUAUGGCGUGGAAGUUUUCUUCAAGGUGCGUGGUGGCUUUUUAAAUGAUUAUCAAGUUGCAUCAAUUGCAACAAAUAAACGAACACCACUGGAUCCCAAACUCCACGAAGAAGACCCAGCUUCUGCAAAGUUAUUUGAACCAAUUGCUACAACUUCUGUGGAAACAGUAAAUAUUCAACAACAAGUGAACACGUCGCAAUUACAUCAAUCAAGAUUUGGAUUGCUAUCCCAGGCGUUCAUGUUGUUUAUAAUCGUUGGAUUCUUGUUCAGUGAGACGUUGAGUGAAUUCUGGAAAACAAAAGUUCCACUAUACAGCAGAAACUGGCAUGACGUUGUGUUUCGACUUAUUGAAGUAGGCGUUGCUUUAUGGUUCCCUUGUGUGUUAUGGAAUUGUAUGAGCCCAGAACAGUUGUGGAUUUUGAACCCGAAACGAAUUCUAAAGAGACUAGAUCUUGACCAAACGAAAAACCUAAAGGAAAUAGAAUUGCAGGAAAGAACUAGUUUAACAAAGUCAGAUGUCACAGACGGAACUUCCAUCAGUAGCAAAGACUGUUGGAUUUGUUAUGACAGCGAGAGACAAGAUGCUGGAUGUCUCAUCCAGCCUUGUCAGUGUAGAGGCGAUGUUAGUGCUGUCCAUCAUGAUUGUUUACGUCGAUGGCUUGUUGAGAGUUCAAUGAACGUCGAUAAUCUCGCUUGUAAAGUUUGCGGUACCAAGUAUAACGUAGAACGAGCAACUAGAUUGGAUUGGCAGAAUAGUUUGACACCUCGUCACUGGUUACAAACAAUUGCCAUUGUCACAACCAUGUGUGGCUCUUAUGCUGGCGCCUGGUUAUUUAUUCAAUUAGUUGAAAGUCCCAUACUAAGAAUGUUGGCGGCAGGUACUGCUUUGCUGGUAAUGUACGUCUGCAUAAAAUUCUUAAGUGUCAAUACGGUUGUAGCUUAUCAACGUGCCAAAAUAUCAUCGCUGAACAUCGUCGACGGGAAUAGCAGUCCCAAUGAACAGGUAAAUACAAUAAGUCAUACGGUAUCCGUGGAUUUAGCCAGAUCUGAAACAGCUACGACUUAAUAAAAUCGCACUGUUCACGAGGCUACAAUGUCCAAGAUUAAUUUCAUUUGGUGCUAAAAGGGUAAGGGAAAUAAAAAAAGAAAACAAGAAGUGACAAUUUAAGGAUACCGGAUUCGAGCAUAAUCAGGAACAUUUAUAUAUAUAUAUGCCGUAUUGUCAGAGGCUAGAUGAGUGAGUCAAUGACUUUAAGUAAGGAAACUACAGCCAAAUUUGCGGAAGAUGCAUGGACGGCAUACGUCCACAAUUAGUAUCUUACUUUUAAAUUACAAACAAAAUAAAUCACAUUGUCGACUCUGUCGUUCUAUCGAUCGAUCGUGUUCUUCUUGCCAAGUACUACAAUUUUUCUCAUAUAUAAACUUAGGCAAAUAAAUUAAGGUGACAAUUCCACGGCAAUUCAAGUGAUCGAGUUAUUUUCUGUCUUGGAAAUGAACUAUAUCGCUGUUACAAUUAUAAGUCAUUGAAUCACAUGGAUUUUCAAGAUUUUGAAAACAUAAUUAUAAAUACACAUUGUAUUAUUGUCUUGAAUAGUUUCCUUAUCUUUGCGUUCGUCGCUGUGCUAUUGCAACAGUAUGAAAUUCUAGUGUUAACUUAAAUUUCGGAAUUGUGUUUAAUCACCGUUUUGUGAGUGCAAUCUAUUUAGAGCGAUUUAAGCCGUAAACUUAACUGCAGUGAAGUAAUGAAGCAUAUAAAAAAUAAGCGUAGUCAUAACAAUUUCAAUGUGGAACCAGAAAUCGUAGCUAAUAUCGCAGAACUCAAAUAGUCAAUAAAAUAAGAAAUAUAGAUUAAAGUUUUAGACAGAUGGGUAUUACCAACGAUCAUGUUGGUAGGUAGGUGGUACAUUUUUAGAAUUAUCGUCACAACUCAAACUAUACUUACCAUAAGUACGAUGUUUGGAGUUGUUCUUGAAUGUUAUAUAGUAUGCAUAAUUUAUCUAGAUUGUAAUGGUAACGUACGAUUAAUUACUAAUGAGAAUAGCACUUAACCAUGGGGUAUUUUGUCAGUUGGGGAUAUAUGAUAUAGCAUAACAAAUGUGAUAGAAAUUAUUGUAACAAGUAUCGCGAAAUAACGUAUCAAAAUCCGAUAUUGAAUUUAACAUCACUAUGAAUAAUGGAUAGGACAAGUUUGAUACUGUCAAUAACUUUUUUUAUCUUACGUGGUAUGCGAUUAAUAAAAAUUAAGUAUGAAGAAUCUUAUUUCAAUUAACUUACAAUAUAUGAUCUUCGACUUGCAAAAUACUCUUAGACGUAAAAGUAUCAUUAUAUAUUGUGUAUAUACGACUAAUAUAGGAUCGUUUUAACGUGUAGCAUUACGUUUUACUUAUUAUAUAUGAAAAAUGUGUAUGAAUUAGACGAUAUUGAUGAACUUAGAUAUUCGUAUUGGAAAUACAGUUAAGAGAGAAUUAAUUAAGGGCGCAAGGCGCUCUUUCUCGCGUUCUAUAUGAAUUUUGUUUUCAUUUGUCUCUUGAAGCCGCUGGAUAAAACAUUUCUCAGGUAUUUGAUUGAAUCUUCAUUUGUAUCGUUACAUGAGAUUGAACCGAAAAACGUUUUGUUAAAUCGAAUAAUUGUAACGAUACUGUGUUUCAUACAGUGUCGAACAUAAACAUGUUAAUUAUUAUUUUUGUCAAGAGUCAUUCAUGGUUGCGCUAAAAAAAAAAGAAAGAAGCCUUUUACGACAAUUGAAAAGGGAAAGAAAGCAACAUAUUUUUGAAAAGUAUGCAGUUUUAGAAUUAACAGUUUAUUGAAAUGCUUUAUUAUCUUCGUGAAAUUCCAGUUUGAGUUUUAGAAGUUGUAUUGGGGUACCAACAAUACUUUGCACGCUGGCAUACCACUCUUACUUAUCUUUAUAGACUGAAUUAAAAACAUUUCUCUACGGUAUUGAUAUAUAGACACACUUUUUUGAAGAGAGAAAUUAUGCUGGAUAUAAUGGCGAUCAAUAGAAUAUUCUGAAGAAAUUAUGUUCCACACUGAUGAUAGUAACUUAAGUUUUGAAAAACAGAUAUCUGAUUGACUGUAUCAUUACUUCAGACUUUUCUUUUUGAUGAAGUUGUGUUUUGCGAAAGCGCAGUUAGUUCGACGAUUCUGUUUGAUUGAUCCUGCUGGAAGAAUUUAAUUGUCGUUGACAAAAUCUAUUUUGAUUCAUUUAGCGAAACGCUGCGAAAGAUUUGAAGAAGUGUUGGUAAGCUGUGAUAUUGCGGAAUGUAUAAAUCUGACAGAAUGUCCCUAAAUAAAAUUUAAGAAGUGACAUAAA